AUCCAUUUGAUUAUAAAUAAAUUAGCAUCAAUAAUGGUGGAGAUAAUGAAGAGGUGGGAGGGAGACAAAGCAUGAACAUCGCUGAAUUAUUUGCUUAUACAUAUCACUAAUUAAUUGUAAUUAAAUGAGCUUCAGAUUCCUAAUAUCUCCCCAAGCCAAAGUGAUAUAAAUAAGCUCUUGAAGGCCAAAAGAUGAAGUCAACUUGAAAUUGCUUUGGCUGUUUUACAAUUCAUUAGCUUAGGCUUUUGUUAAAAAGAUGGAUUCCUUUGCUGCAAACUCAAAGAAAUCAUUCCACAUCCGUUCCAACAGUUUGCCUUCAAAGCCACAUCCAGUUGUGGAUGAAGUUAAUGAAAAUCUCUGCAGAUUGAAGGCCUCAGAAGCCACUUCUUCAUCUUCUUCUUUGUGCCAAAAACUUGAUGGUCUUCAAGAUUUACAUGAUUCCAUUGAUAAGUUGCUUCUUUUGCCACUCACCCAUCAAGCUCUUGUUGACAACAAGUCAGUUGAUAACUUGCUAGAAGGAUCUCUCAAGAUCUUGGAUGUGUGUGCUUUGGCUAAGGAUGUUUUAUCACAAAUGAAAGAAUCUGAACACGAACUUGAGUCUGCAUUGCGCAGAAGAAGAGGAGAUGACAUUCUAGUUGAUGUUCAAAAGUACAUGAACUCAAGGAAGAUGAUGAAAAAAGCAAUUCACAAGGCCUUGAGGAGCAUGGAAAGAACAAGUUCCCAAAAAGUGGAUGAAAAUUCAGAAAUGGCUAGUUUAUUAAAAGAGGCAGAAGUGGUUACAUAUAGCACUAUUGAAUCUUUGUUGUGCUUUAUAGCAGGACCAAAGUUGCCAUCAAAGAUGAGCAGAUGGUCUUUGGUUUCCAAGCUUAUCCAACCUAAGAGAGUAGCUAGCAAGGAGGAUGAGGCAAAUGGAAAUGAAGUAGAGAUGGUGGAUGUUGCUUUAUACUCGAUCAAUAAUCAGAAAUCUCACUUCCUUGUGCAAGUUGAAGAUGUGCAGAACUCGCUAAAGAAAUUGGAGUCGUGUAUUCAUGACUUUGAAGAAGAUCUCGAGAGUCUAUAUCGAUGUCUUAUUAAAAACAGAGUCGCUUUUCUUAACAUCCUAAAUUACUAAGGAUGAAAGCUUAGAUAGUAGUUGUACAGCCUAUUCCGAUGGAAUCCAUUUUUGUCGAAUGUAAACGCCACAAUA